GCCCGCCCAUCCUCCUGGAUGCGUGCGCGCGCGGUGCUCCCUCGUCCUGCAGCCCCACAUUUCCUCUGCCUCUGCUGUUGGACACAGAAUUGGAUUUCUUGCUAAGCCUGCCGGGUGUUCCUCCGAGACCCGCUAACGAUGAUCAGUCAGCAGAAGUGUUGGGAGGCCGUUCUUUCUCCGCUGCCAAUCUUUUAAUCGCUCUGGAAAAACGCCUCGCUCGCGCUCGAAAUGACUCUUCUGUUUUAAUCUUCCGCCUCUUUCUCCAAAAUGCAAUCAAUAUGCGCGCGUGUGGGCGGCGUUUUCCCUGGGAUUUAACGCCAAAGACGCAACGACGAGCCAGCGCAAUCUGCGCGUGAGAGAUCUUCGGAGAAGUUUGACUGUGCAUCUUCUUCUUGGGCGGGAUGGGCGAUGGAAUGCGCUGCAGCUCCGCAAUGACACGUCUGUGGCUCUCCGCUCUGCUUUUUACCGCCACCUACCGGCUGAGCAUCUCCCAGGAGGUAACUGGUACUCCCAAAGAGGCAGAAUUAAACGACAACAUCACCAUCUUCACCCGCAUCCUGGAUGGACUUCUGGAUGGAUACGACAACAGACUUCGCCCUGGACUGGGUGAGAAAGUGACAGAGAUUAAAACCAACAUCUUCGUCACAAGUUUUGGUCCAGUCUCUGACACAGAAAUGGAAUACACCAUUGAUGUGUUUUUCCGUCAAAGCUGGAAGGAUGAGCGGCUGUGCUUUAAAGGCCCCAUGGAAAUGCUGCCUCUAAAUAACCUCUUGGCCAGUAACAUCUGGACCCCUGACACCUUCUUCCUCAACGGGAAGAAGUCCAUCGCUCACAACAUGACCACGCCGAACAAGCUGCUGCGCCUCAAAGAUGACGGGACCCUCCUGUACACCAUGAGGCUCACAAUCUCAGCAGAAUGUCCCAUGCAGCUGGAAGACUUUCCUAUGGAUGCUCAUGCGUGUCCCCUAAAAUUUGGAAGCUAUGCAUAUCCCGUCUCUGAGGUUGUCUACACCUGGACUAAAGGAGCAGCCAAGUCAGUGGUCGUCGCAGAAGAAGGCUCGCGGCUCAACCAGUACCACCUGAUCGGUCAGACCGCGGGAACAGAGGACAUCUACACCAGCAGAGGUCAAUAUACAGUGAUGAUGGCCCACUUUUACCUGAAGAGGAAGAUUGGCUACUUUGUGAUCCAGACCUACAUGCCGUGCUUCAUGACUGUAAUUCUGUCUCAGGUUUCGUUUUGGCUCAACCGAGAGUCUGUGCCUGCAAGAACAGUUUUUGGUGUGACCACAGUACUCACCAUGACCACUCUAAGCAUCAGUGCUCGAAACUCCCUGCCUAAGGUGGCAUAUGCCACUGCCAUGGACUGGUUCAUUGCGGUGUGCUACGCCUUUGUUUUCUCUGCUCUGAUUGAAUUUGCCACAGUGAAUUAUUUUACCAAGCGGAGCUGGGCUUGGGAUGGAAAAAAGGCCAUGGAAGCCCAGCAGCCCAAGAAAAAAGACCCUUUAGCUCUUUCGAAGAAGUCAAAUAACUCCUGCCCGACUGGUGUAAAUUACACAGCCAACAUCACAAAGGAUGCCUCCAUUUCUACCAUCUCAAACAGCACCACUGUUCAGCUCAAGCCUCCUGAAACCAAGGCACCAGACCCCAAAAAGACUUACAACAGUGUGAGCAAGAUUGACAAGAUGUCCAGGAUUGUGUUCCCCGUUUUGUUUGGGACCUUUAACCUUGUGUACUGGGCCACGUAUCUCAACAGGGAACCAGUGAUCAAAGGAGCGGUGUAGGGGCUCCAGAACGAGGGCCCUUCAUUCUGCAGAAAGCCUCUACAGGAACCAAUGCACACCACCACAAACGAUGCCAAGCACUCAGUCCUUGUAUCAUACAUGAUUUUCUUUAGAACUACACUGCAUGUGUUUUGCUUCAGACAAUUUGAUUCUUAAUAAUAAUAAUAAUAAUUGAUACUGUAUUAAUCCCACAAUGGGGAAAUUCUUCUCCACAUUUGACCCAUUCCUUGGGGGAGCAGUGAUCUGCAACCAAACCGCGCUCAGGAGGCAGUAGCGUUAAGGGUCUUGCCCAAGGGGCCCUCACUGGGUGAUGUUUAUUGCUCAACAUUGAUAUGGUAAUUGCUCCUGUACCAUUGUUCAUUUCUCCUCCGGAAAUCGAACCCUGGAUUCCUGUGCGGUAGCCUCUCACCUUACCAACCGAGCUACCCAGCUUUGUUUUUCUUUAGUUAAUACAUGUACAACAAACAAACUAAAGAGAUGCAACUUUCACACCAAUCAAAACCCAAUUAUUGAUUCAUUUCCAACUCAUUACUUUGAAGUUUUAGCAUUUGGCAUUUAUAUUUUCCCAUUGUGAUGCCAGUAAAAUGAUGUUACAGCAACGCCAAAUGCUAUGCAAGACAACAUUUGUACUGUUUUAUUACCCAGUACUGGCAAAUACCUUUUUAACUCCUCUUUAUGUACAGUAAAAAUGGGCUUGGGGUCCAGAUAUGUAAGGCUGGACUGAGGCACAUAGAACUUUGCUUCCUUGUUAAAAGCAAACAAAUAGCCAUGCUUAAUGUGUUGCCUUCAGGGUGCCAUAGCUCUCUAUGGAUGCACUGAGAUCUCCUGCAACUACUCCUUCCAAAGCUAGGUUUUCAACAAUGAACUUCUUUUUGUUUAGGCUAGUUUUUGCUACCACUACUCUACCACAGGAAUGUCGCGUUCAUGUAACGUUUGGACAGUUUUGGCUGCAGUGAUGGCGGCAGCUUCUGUUUCCAACUCACCAGGUAACAAACCAUAUAUGUAUGCAAGGAAAUAUAUCAGCACUUAUAAAUGUGUAUAGAUGCUAUUUCAAAAUGGCACCACUAAACCAGCCGGUCAAGCUUGUAUGUAACGCAUAAACAGCAGUAAUGCUGCUUUUCUCUAGCUCUUUAUUAAAGAUGUAGUGAGGUAGUUUUAUCUUUAGCAGUUUGAUAGCAUAAGAAUCCAACUGUAAGCCAUCAAGGUUUUUUUUAUUGUUUCUAUUGAAGUUAUUUUGUUUUCUAUCUUUAGUAACUGCAAUAUUUUUUUUUAAAUGAUUUGUUUGCUUUGAGUGUAAUCUCAGUCUCCAUUCAUUCAUUAAGUUUAGGGACUAAAGAAGAUCGAAACUGGUUUUCAUUAGAAUUUACUCCAGCAUGAUCAUUACAAAGGAUAAAUGUUUUUUUGACCGAAGUUCUUUGAAUUUUUCAGCACAAAACAUCUUUAUGACAGCUUCAUAUUUGACAGAGAACAAGACUUUAAAUUAAGAAAUGAAAAAAAUCCUGAAAUUAAUACAAUUUGUGGCUUUACAUGAGAUAUGAGGUUGUGGAUUGAUUGAUUUAUUUGUUAGAUGCCAAGUCUUAAGGUCAAAACUUGAAGAAAAAACUGAGAAAAGCUAUGAUCAAGAGAUUCUCUUCAUUAAUCUGUUGACUGUCAUUGAAUGCUUCUUAUCGUUGGACUGCAGCCUUUUCCAAUACACUUGUUUCCAGACUUUUCUUUGAUUAAAAUAAAUCUUGGGGGGAAAAAAACUUUUGUUUUGGGACUUCAGUCCUCAUAUAAAUUACAAUUCUGAUUGCUUAUGGGUUUUUGAGUAAAAACGCUGAACCACAUUUCUGUUAAACUGUAGUAAUACAGUUUAAAAAAAACAGGUGUCCUUUCAGAUUUGAUAUCUUUGGAAAAAAAAGGGAGGGUUUGAAAUAUUUGGGUGUUGCAAUUCGUUUCUGUCAAUUUUUUAAGUCUUCAUGCAAAGCUUUGAGGUGGAAAAGAGGCUUAUUUUUUUUACGCUUAUUUUACUUUAUUAAUGACUUUUUAGACUUAAACGAUUCUCUGUCCACAUUAGCAUUUGCUACUCUGUGGCUAAAAUGUUCAUAUCCUACAAUCAAACAUGGUUAUAAAGUUGGUAAAAGCCUCCACAUUUGACUUCAACCGUAUUUCCAAAGACCUCUACAUCGAUUAAAGAUGCACGCUCGUAGACAAGAAUCCAAAAAUCCAAAAAUGCGCCUGUGCAGCCAAGAUGUCUGUUCUGACCUGAUGUCUGGAGUUAGGAUACCAGAGUUUCCCUGUAAACAGCCCAACACUUCCAUUGUAUUCAUCAAUGGGAUGAUAAGAGUGUAAACUAUCACGGACAAUUAAACACUGAAAUGUCCAAAAUAAUAUACAGUAGAAGUACUUCUAAGCGCUCAAUCAGAUUUCAAAACUAGUUAUAUACCAUUGAACUGAUGUCUUUGGGGUUUCAACAACCACAAGAGAGCAUCAAAGUACUACUUUCCGGAAUUGUCAACUAAUUGUUGGUGUCAAAAUUGCAUAUUUGAUUAAUAUCCAAUAAAAGCAUAAAAUGUACUCACCAGGGUAGCUCUACAGCCAGAGGGUGGUCUUCUUAGCUGCUUCCACCUUCGUUUAUUAGGUCGUAAUGUGAUCCUGAAUUGAAUUUUUUGGCAGUCUGUGCUUUAAUUGCAAAUAUAUGAAGCAAUAAAUUAUGAUCAUUAUCAACCAUGAA